AUGGUCAUGGACAAAACCGUAAUUAAGUUCAGUGAACUGGCGCCCCACCUAGAGCAUCCUAUAAAAGCCGCCGGAUUUCUGAUGAUCAUCACAGUUUUCAGUUCUCUUCUCGUUGAGCUCAAGUACCACAAAAUGCAUUUCUUCGUGGUUGUAAUGGUCGUGGGUUUUUCCUGUGCCGUUAAUGCCGGUUUCGCCAGUCAUGAUGCUGGAGGUUACGGCGGCGGAGACUUUGGAGGACAUGGCGGCGGCUUUGCCAGUGGCAGUGGAUUGGAUUUAGGAGGACACGGUGGAGACAUUGGCGGUGGCGGAUUUGAGGAACACCAUCACGGGGGGCACUUGGAAACAAAAACUGUUGAGGUUACGAAACCGGUGCAUGUACCAGUCAUUAAGAAAAUUGGCAUUCCGGUGCCGCAUCCAGUUGGAGUUCCGGUACCGCAAGUCAUAAAGGUUCCGGUUCCCCAACCUUACCCUGUACAUAUACCGGUUCCACAGCCGAUUGCAGUUCCUAUCUACAAAUUAGUGCCGCAAGAAAUCGAGAAAAAGGUUCCCAUUACUAUUGAAAAACCAGUCCCGUAUCCAGUGGAAAAGCCCUACAAAAUUGAAAUCGAGAAACAUCAUCCAGUUCACAUCGCCAAACCAUACCCCGUUCAUGUACCGGUCUACAAACACGUGUACCACCACGUCCCUAAACACGGAUGGCAAUAAAUGCCGCAAUUUGUGAUUGACUGUACUUCCAUCGCCAUCAUAUUUCAUUCAUUAAUUUCAUCUUGUUGUUAUUGUUGUUGUUGAUUGUAUACUUUUGUUGUUUUCAUCGUUUUUAUGUAUAAUAUAAAGAAAGUGGAAUAUUAA